GAAACGCGUCGCGAGAUGGCUGCGUCGGUAUGGUUCUUCUGGAUGGCCUCCCUCGGUGCCAUCCAAGUUUUCGCUCUAAGCAUCCGCCUCCUCACCAAUCUCGUGCUUUUCCUGCGCCGGCCCAAGGAUCUCUGUCGCACAUACGGAGCCUGGGCCGUCGUCACUGGGCCAACAUCAGGCAUCAGACGUGCCAUGUCCCUGGAGAUGGCACGGUCUGGCCUCAAUCUUGUCCUCGUAGGUCGAGACCCCGCUAGACUCCGGGACAUCUCCGAAAUGAUCUCCAGGACUUACGCCAUGCAAACCAAGACCGUGUUGUUCGAUUUCUCCCUCGUAUCCACUGUGCAAAGUGAAGAGGCGAUGAGUCGCUUCCGGGAGGCCGUGGCGGGACUGGAUGUAGGGGUGCUGGUGAACAACGCCGGGGUGGCGAAGCCCGGCGUGGUGUACCUCCACGAGGUGGACGUGGAAGCGUGGGUGAGGAUGAUACGUGUGAACGUACUAGCGCUGACGGAGGUGACGGCCGAGGUGCUGCCAGGGAUGGUGCGCCGGGGCAGGGGUGCAGUCCUGAACAUCGGCUCGGUCUCAGGAUCUGUCCUCCCUUCCCACCCUCUGUACUCUGUCUACGUCGCCACCAAACGGUACGUCGCAGAGCUCUCCAGGAGCCUCUCCGUGGAGUACGAGAGCGCAUGCAUCGAUGUGCAAUGUCAGAUCCCAUUCGUGGUGGAGACGAACAUGGUGUCGAGCGCCGUGAAGAACAGCUUCUUUGUUCGUCCAUGGGUGCUGAGCCCGGACGCCUACGCGCGCGCGGCGGUGCGCUGGAUCGGGCACGGGACGCUGUGUAUCCCCAACUUCGCCCACCGCCUCCAGUGGUGGUUCACCUGUCUCUUCCCGGACUCCUUCAAAGACAUGAAUCUCCUGAAGCGGAAUUUGCAGCACAGAGCCAUCUUUAGGAGGAUCAAGCCAUUGAGGGAAACGCGGGCGAACUCACGGGACGGUUGUGUUCCUACGAGUGACAAGAUCGGUGCUGGUGUUCCCUCGGAUCAAGGUGGUUCAGAAUUCAGAGUUCAUAGUUGA